AUGAGUCUCAACACACCUCUCUGCUCUCAAGAUGACCUUAAAAAAAUUAAGUUCACCCAGAUAAAAGAAUUUGAAAAAAAAGAAAUGGCAAAAGAAAAUGAAAGAAUUAAGUGGGAACAAAAAAUUAAUUCUUCAAUAACUCAAACAGAAAAACAAUUGAAGUCUAUUAGCAAUUUACAAAAUCAAUUAAAUGAAUGUAAACAAAACAUUAUAAGCCUUGGUAAUGAUAUAAAAAUAUUAAAAAAUAAUCCUGAAAAUCAAAAAACAUUAAUAGAAAUAAAUGAAUUGAAAGAAGUUAAACAAAAAUUAAUAGAAAGAAUUAAAUUACUUGAAAAGAAAAUAAAAAAGAUAGAUACUGAACAACUAUUAUUAGAAUUAGAAGAACAUAAAAAUAGUUUAAAAAAUCUAAAUACAGAACAAAAACAAAUUUUAAAUUCAAUAAAUCAAUUAAAUAUUCAAGUUAAACAAAUAUUGCAAACUCAACAAAAAACUCAAAAAAUACUUCAAAAUUUUCAAUCAGAACUAGAUAUUAUAAAAACAGAAAUUUCUAAUCCAAAUAAUGAUGGAUAUUUUACAGAUCCAGAAAAAUUAUUGAAAAGACCAGUAUUUCAAAGAACUGCAUUCUCUUCACUUAAUUUGGAAGACAAUUACCUAGUAUUUAAAACGUUAUUUGAUACUAAUACAAAUGGAUUUGAUAAAAAUCUUUUUAGAAGACAUUUAGAGAGCCAAUUUUGUAAAACCAAUUUAAUUGCGUUUUAUAAAUUUGGAACAAAAUUUGUUAUGAAACGUUUAUUUCUAAAUUGUGAUGAUACGGAAAUUAAUAAGAUAGAUUAUGGGUUAAUGAAAGAAAUGCAUCGUUCUGUUAUUGAUAUUGAAUGUUUUAUUUCUGAUUUAGAAUUUAAUUCUAAUGGUUCUGUUAAAUUUUUAGUACAUGAAAAUUCAAGAGUUCAUCACAGUAUUGACGAAAGAAAAUUAAUUGAUUUCUUACAAAAUCAAACAAUACCAGAAAGAAUCUGUUUAUUCCUUUUGGAAACUAAGAGCAAAUAUAAUUCAAAAGAUCAAACAUUAACAGAAUAUUUCAAUCAAUUAAAGAAAAAUGAAUUCCGUUUUAUUGGGAAUCAAAUAUGUGAUGAAAUUGCUUAUCCCAAAAAAGCCCAAUUAGCCAAAUAUAUUAUUUCUUCUGAUUCUUUCUUUGGAAAAAAGUUCAUUUUUGUUGCAAGAACACAGAAUGGAGAAUGGAAAACAAUUGAAAAUAUCUCUGUUAUAGAUAAUGAUAGUCUUGAAAAUCCUAUUGAAACAGUGUUUGUCUUUGAAAGUAAGAGAUAUAUAUUAUUUUUCAUUCUAAUCUUAAUAGUAUUCUCCUCUUUUAUUAUUUUUUACAAGUAA